AUUAUCAUCACAAGAAAACCCGCCAUUUUUACAAAUUUUUUUUAAAGACUGAUUAGCGUCGAGAAAGUUCAACUUAUCAGUUGUUCAUCACUUGCAUUAGUACUGUUAAAAACAAAAAAUUGAAAAUGGAAAGAAAUCUGUGUCGGUACUUUAACACAAAGAAUGGCUGCAGAAAUGGUGACAGCUGUCCUUACAUUCAUAGAAAGAGAAAAGUAGCAAAUGUAGCAAGAUGUAGAUACCACAGGGGACCUGGAACAUGUCGUUAUGGAGACAAGUGCUUUUUUCGUCAUGAUGAUACAGGACACAAAAAUUCAACACAUGUAACAAAGAAGCAGCAAACAGAUUUGUCUGGUCCAUUACCAGGCGAUGUUGAUGGGGGUGACAAGGACAAUAAGUCUGUUGUAUCUGGUCCAUUGGAUUCCUCUGAGGAAGAUAAAGAAAAUACAGCUACUGGCACUGUUAACAAGGGAGCAAGGUCAAAGAAAGGAAAGCAUCAUAGAAAAUCACCUAAAAGUAAAGAAAAAUAUCUAUCUGUUCAGAUAAAUAAUAAAGUUAAAGAUGAUAGUACUCCCAUAAAAUCAGCAAAACAGAAGGUUGAUAAAGUAACUGGAGAUAGUAAUAAUAGUGCAAUUACUGGCAGCAUUGACGAAGCUGAUCAGAGUACUGAAAAUAAGACACUUACCUGUGGAGAGUGUGGAAUUGUGUUGGAAGAUGUGCCACUUGAAGACCAUGAGCAACUAGAUGAACUUGAGAAACAUUAUAAAGAAAAAGUACUGAAAAUGGAGAAACACCACAUAAAGUUCCUAGACAAAGAUCAACGUUUCAAGUUUCCAACCUCUUGUGGUGUUUGUGCAAAGGACUUUUCUAGGUCUUAUGGAUUAUUGAAACACAUUACUGAUAAAGUAAAAUCGAAGAAAAAUGAUUGGAAACCACAUGAAGAAUUCUUAGAAUCAGUUUUAUCUGGAUUGUGGGAAAGAGACCUUGGUUUGACUGAUGAAAAAGAAUGUAUGGAUUGGUUACUGAUACAUUUAGUAGAAUCUUAUGAAGGAGAAGAUACAGACAGUGAUGUUAGUGAUGAGGAGGAUGGAAUGAAUGCUUUGUUUGGGUUGAUGGCUUUGAGUAAGCAUCUUCACGGGGGACCACAUUUCCUCCAUGAUGAUGAUGACUCCUUAGACUCAGACGAUGACUCUCCAUACACUGUUAAUUAUGGUAACCUAUGGGGUAUGAAUGACUAUGAUAUUAAUGAGCUGGCAUGCCAGGGAAUUAUGCCAUGGGAUCCAGAGGCUGGUGCUGCCCUUGCAGUUUUGAAUGGAGAAGAUAACUAUGAUUACUUUGGUUAAAAAGGAGAUAUUUUGUGUUCAGUGUUUAUUUAAAAUGAGGAUUAUUAUUAAUUAAUGGUGCUAUGAUGUCAAUUAAUGUAUAGAUUAACCAGGUUUGUUUUAAUAACAUACCUUACCUACCAAUAUUUUGGAGCUACAAAGUGGGAGAUCUCCCCCCCCCCCCCCCCCCCCCCCCCUUUACAGCUUCACUAAGGGGGCAAUGAUGCAUGAUGACCUUAUUUAUAAAGUAUAGUUAGAUAUAGUUUAACCUUUAUCCAUCAUUCUGUCAUUCAGCAACAAACAGUUAUACAGUCUUUUUUUUCUAAAAGCCUUCACAUAUUGAGCUGAUUUUUAGUAUGUGAGUAAAAAUGGCUUAAAGCAUUUUUUGCAGAGCAGGGCCGUUCGUGUCAUUCUGACACAUCUAGUUUCAUUCAAAAUUUUGUAUUAAGAUGCAAAGUAUUUUAACAUUUAAGAUCAUUUUAAGGAAAACAUUUAAAUAUCUAUGCAUGGAUUUAAAUACCGGUAGCUAUAUAGUUAUUUAUUAAAACAACAUUUUUGAUGAGCUCGGAUGUCUUUUUACUAUGAAAAGUAGAAUUAUUUUUGCAAUACAGUGAAAAUGAACAAUAGAAAAUACUAUCAAAACAACUCAAUGAUGAAAGGGGGUAUUAACAGAGUGAUUUUUUUUUUUCAAAGAUAGAUUUUGACCACCCUCAGGUGACAGGUCCAAAAGGGAAGGUUUCAAUUUUUUAAAGGAAAAAGAGGGAAUUUCCCUUGUAGAACUGUUGUAUUGGCAAUUAUGACAUUCAGCAAUGAGUCUAUUCCACUUUUUAGCAGCUUUCUUUUAUUGUCAGUUGGAUUUUUCUAUUAUGAUAAGUCAAUGUGAGUUUUUGGCAUCUCACGGUAUAAUCUAUUUUCAGAUCUGAUGGGCAGUCAUGAUCACUCCACAUAUAUUUGACAAUACAUUGUACUUUAAAUUCUAUUAUUAUGCAUGUUAUACCAACUAUUAUAAAUUACAGAAUUUUUUGUAACAUUUUACUUAGCUUCUUUAUUCAGGAUCGAUUUGAUUUAGUUGUGAACUACUGAGCAUGGAAAUUUUGUCAAUGUCAAAUAAACAUGUGGUAUAAUUUGCUGGACAAAAUAAUUUUUAAUGUGAAGUUUAUAAAUAGACCAAUAUUUUGAAGGUUGUCUUAUGAAAGUAUUGAUUUAUGUUAUUUUGAUGGAUAGAACAUGUUCACUGCAGCUGAGGUGAAUUUUGUCAUUUCCAGUCAACAUGAUGGGGUUAAGGCACAGGGAAGGUAAAAUUUCUUGAUUGUUCCCUGUGUUCUCUGUAUGGAGUGGAUACCCCAUUUUUUUCAAUCAUUAGAAUUGAGAUGUACACUACCUUGGAAAAUGAGAAAUUCUUUUUAUAUACAAUAUUUUUAUGAAAUCUAAUGUUAGAUUUGAGUAAACAAGAGUGAUAAAUACCUCUCAAAUUCUAGUGUUAAAUUUGAUUUGGCAAGAGUGGGCUGUCCCACAGUAAUGACAAACCAACUGAACUGUUGUGUUCAUGAUGCAUGUUUCAUUCUCACUCAGGGCAAGAUGAUUAUUUAAAAUUUGAGUUGAUUGACAUCUUAUUGUAUAUAUAGUUAUGAAAUAUUGUAUAAAAUUACAAAUAAACUAUUCUGUGGUUAA